AUGACCUUGGUACAGGUCUAUGCGCCCAAUUUGGAAGGAGAAUAUGAUAUCUUCCUUGAGGAAGUGCAGUGUGCUCUGUCCGAAGUGCCGAAAACAGAGUUCUUCAUACUUUUUGGCGAUUUUAACGCACACGUCGGAGUAGACGCUGAAAAGUGGAACGGCGUGAUUGCAAGAAACGGUCCUACCGACAUCAACGGACUCCCUGUUACGAACACCUUGUAG